AUGAAGACAACCACAGCAUUGGCCGUUGCCUCCUCUCUGGGCCUUGCCUCCGCAUUGCCCUACAUGGGUCCAGGCACUCUGGAGAUGAGACAGCAAAUGACCACCAAGAACUCGACCUGGACUGAUCUGAGAGGAAAGAUCAAGCACGUUGUAUAUCUCAUGAUGGAGAAUCACAGUUUUGACAACAUCGCCGGAUACUGGGAUUUCCACCCUGACAUUGACAACCUUCGCAACAUCAGUUACUGCAACCAGUACACAAACCCCAAUUGGACUGUCUGGAAUGAGCCCAUCGAUAUCUGCGCUGGGCCAUAUGAAGAUGAGGUCCCGUUGAAGGAUCCCGAUCACAACUUUGCCGGUACCUCGUACGAGAUCUACCGCACCUGGUAUCCUUCCAAGAACGACACACCCAACAUGGGAGGUUUCAUUGAGCGUCAGUCCGAGAAGUACAGCGAGACUCCUGGUGAUGCUGCGUUCGUUAUCGGAGCAUACUCUCAAGAGAAGUCUCAGGUGCUUGCAACCCUUGGCAAAAACUUUGGCUUUUGGGAUAGCUACCACGCUGAACACCCUGGGCCAACAAACCCUAACAGACAGUUUGCCACUUCGGGUUCGACUUGUGGAAUGGUUGACAACACCGACCAGGCUUCAGGAUGGUUCGCCAACGUGACCGGAACCACUUGUGCCAAGUCCAUCUUCGAGUCUCUGUCUGAGAAGAACAUCACCUGGAAGAACUACUACGAGACUGACAUCAUCGAUGCUUGGAUGUACAAGUGGCUUGUCCAUGCCGAUGAAGUUUACUCGGAUCUUGAGGCUGGCACCCUGCCUGCUUUCAGUUACAUCAACCCUGAGUGCUGUACCAUCGACUCGAUGCACCCGUCUUCAAACAUGGCAGCUGGUGAGCAGCUCAUCAAGCAUUUGUAUGAUGCUCAUGGUGGUUUCGCCGAUCACGUCGGCCCACCUGUCAACAUCCCCGCCCCUGAGGACGGCAUUACCUUCAGUGGUAAGAGUGAUGCCCACAACGUGACUUACGAUUUCACCCGCCUGGGAGUUCGUGUCCCAGCCUUCGUCAUUUCUCCAUGGAUCGCCCCCAACACUUUGAUCCACGACCAAGGCACCUCGUAUGCCGACAACUCAGCCUACACCCACACUUCGUUCUUGCACUUCCUUCAGAACCUUUGGGAUCUCGAGGGUCUCAAUAACCGUGUUCAGUGGGCAAAGACUUUCGAAUACGUCUUCCAGGACAAGAUGAGAACCGACACGAUUGAGGAGCUGCCUACUCCUGUCUGGAUUGGUGGUGCUGGUCAACCUGAGCCUGAGGCUUUCUACAAGCUCAAUCAGCCUUACAGCUACUAUGCUGAGUUGGAAGACUAA